AUGCUGGAGCUCUCAGUCGAGGCCAUUCAAGGUCGCCCCGUUGCCGUACUCGGUGGAGGUGUAUUGGGUCGCCGCAUUGCAUGCACCUGGGCCGCCGCCGGCUACACCGUUCAUAUCCGAGAUCCAUCACUCGAGCAGCGCAACUCUGCCAUCCAUUACGUCGAGCAAAACGUGACUUCGUACGCAAAAGCCAUCUCAAACUCGACUCCUGGCAAAGCUGUAGCUUUCGAAGAUCUGGAACCUGCGGUCAAGGAUGCAUGGACAGUCAUUGAAGCAGUACCCGAAAAGCUGCAGCUCAAAAUCGACACUUUUGCGCAACUUGCACGGUCAACGACGAAAGAUUGUCUGUUGGCGAGUAAUUCGAGCAGUUACAAGAGUGGAGAGAUGCUGGAAAAGGUCGACGAGGACACCAAACGACGAAUUCUCAACACUCAUUACAUGAUGCCGCCAGACAACAGGAUCGUGGAAUUGAUGACCGAUGGCUUCACCGAUGAGGCAGUGAUACCUUUCUACGUCGAAAGAUUAAAGGAGUGUGGCAUGAGCCCUAUUGUUGCCAGAAAGGAGAGCACAGGCUUUGUGUUUAACCGUAUCUGGGCAGCCAUCAAGCGCGAGUGCCUCACCGUGCUUAGUGAGGGAGUCAGUACUACUGAAGAGCUGGACCGCGUAUGGGUGGAGAUGUUCUCUGGUGGCAAAGCAGGCCCCUGUUUCAUGAUGGAUGCUGUAGGUCUCGACACAGUUGCCUUUAUCGAGCAGCAUUACGUCAAGGAGCGUGGUCUUCCAACGAAAGACACUGUUGAUUUCCUGCAGUCCAACUACAUUGACAAGGGCGCACUUGGCGGCAAGAGUGGAAAAGGUGGCCUAUAUCCUGCCGGACACACGACGAAAUCAAGUGGAGAAGAGUCAAGCCAUCAUGACAAUCUACACUCGCCAACUCUGUACUACCUCGACCUCGGGAUGAACUCCAAAGAAGAAGUCAUGCACGCAGGCAAGAUCGUGGCACAAUCAGCAUCCGGAACAGAACCCAAGACACUGGUCUCCAACUUGACCUUGCCGGAUGGCCUCGACAUCUCAAUCAAGGACAACCGUAUCUACUGGACCAACAUGGGCAUCCCCUCCGAAAACGACGGCAGCAUUCAGUCCUGCAAACUCGACGGUACGGAUAUCAAAGACAUCGUAAGGAGAGGAGACGUACACACACCCAAACAAUUGAUCGUCGAUCAAGAAAACAACAAGCUCUACUUCUGCGACCGCGAGGGCCUGCGAGUAAUGAGAUGCAACCUUGAUGGGAGCUCGCAGGAAACACUAGUCCAAACAGGCGAUUGGAAGAUCAAAGAAGAAACACAAGACAGCUUACGCUGGUGCGUCGGCAUCUGCGUCGACAACAAACGAGGCCACUUCUACUGGACCCAAAAGGGAGCAUCCAAAGCCGGAAAAGGCAAAAUCUACAGAGCAUCCCUCAGGAUGCCUGCAGGACAAGACGCCACCUCAAGAACAGAUAUCGAGACCGUCCUCACCGGUCUCCCCGAACCCAUCGAUCUCGAACUCGACGAGGAAGCAGGGAAACUAUAUUGGACCGACCGCGGAGAUCCGCCAAUGGGAAAUACUAUCAACAGCCUGGACUUGAACGAUAUCACGCACGUGGAAGACGCGAGCGACAACCCGACAUAUAACGUUCUGGCUCGCAACAUGCACGAAGCAAUUGGCAUCAAACUGGACAAGAAAAACCAGCAUAUAUACGCCACAGACAUGGGUGGUUUCGUGUAUAGAUUCGACAUGGAUGGACAGAACAAGAAGAGAAUCGUUGAUGCUGAGGAGAGAGCAUUCUCUGGCAUUACUUUGGCUUAUGUUUGA